CUUGGUCCUCUUACUCCUUGCCAAGCUAUAUGUUCUUGCUCGAGAGUGUAGCGGAGUCAAGUUCACACCACAAUUGGCUACCCAUAUCUAUUCAAUAAAGCAGCUUUCAGGGGACGGAUGGAGUACCAGGGGAGGUGAUGGAUGGGUGGCCACGAGAGACGAAGAAUAACGAGACCCAAAACGUCAGCAAACGGCUGGCUCUGACCCUCGCUGCUGAUGAAACCCAUCAAUACCGGGGUAAUACGUUCAUGAGUAAGGAAGGAUACGAGUACAAUUUGUGUGCUGCUUUGGGGGCAAGUGGACAGAUAGGCCGACAUCGAUGAAGUGUUGUAGGGGAAUUGCAGAGCAGGAUAUUCUAUGUUAUUGGAGAUGCGAGAGUGAUGACUCGCAGAGGAUGAAGGAGAUACGUCUGGUAUCAAAGUACUGCCAGGCAUACAGCACACUAUGGCGUAGCAUAUAGCAAGCAAGCGAAUAAGCACGCUUUGGGGGGUGGAAGGAAGCGGGGUGGUAAAGAGAGAACGGGAAGAGGGGGAGGGGGGUUAGUGCUACAUAGCUAGCAUAGCAACAAUGAAGCGAGUAAGGUU